GAAGCGCACGGCGGCGUCCUGGGGGGUCCACUGUGAGGACGGAGCUUCCUCUCAGCACCCACCCAGGAGGGGCCGGGGCUUGGGACACGUGGGGCCACGUCCGCUGUGAGCACAGGGAGACGCUCCGGGACACCUGGGGCCGCCGAGGAGAAAGUGAGAAAAAGGCUUCCUGCCCGCGCUCAGGCGUAUCCCAACACCUAUCCUCAGCUUUAAGAAUCCAAUAUUACCUUCACUCUGCGUGGAGACCGCAGUCCUCUGGAAAGAUGAAAGGGCUAAUCCUACUCUAAAGAAGACUCUAGCUAAGUCAGAGGCCUGACUAUCUCUAACACCCAUAGCUUACGGAGGGUUUGAACUGCUCCAAAGUAAAACUUAUAAUUAAGUCCUGUUGAGUUAACAUAUGGAAGGCCUUUCCUAACCACAGAUCUCCUAAUAGAUGAAAAGACGCAUCCAUUACAAAAAUAUGUCAUCAAUCUAGGACAGGUGCAAAGGCACUUUGUGAAUACGGAAACAAGAGUCUUCCCCUCCCACAUGGGAGGAAAAUUCAGUUUCAGCUCAGCUAGGGAUCUAGUCUUACUAAAGACGUGGGAGGAAGUUCUCCAGCUGAGCAGCUUUCCCCAACGUGGAAAGGACCAGGCAAGGACACCUGAGCUUUCCAACAGACGUUCAACGCCAAGGGAUUCACAGUUCUGGGAGGUGAUCUCUGAUGAGCACGCCAUCGACUCCGCUGGCACCUACCACGGGGACAGCCACCUACAGCUGGAGCGCAUCAACGUGUACUACAACGAGGCCAGCGGUGGCAGGUACGUGCCCCGCGCUGUGCUGGUGGAUCUGGAGCCGGGUACUAUGGACUCUGUGCGCUCGGGGCCCUUCGGGCAGGUCUUCAGGCCAGAUAAUUUCAUCUUCGGUCAGUGUGGGGCCGGAAACAACUGGGCCAAGGGACACUACACAGAAGGCGCGGAGCUGAUGGAGUCAGUGAUGGACGUCGUCAGAAAGGAGGCUGAGAGCUGUGACUGCCUGCAGGGUUUCCAGCUGACCCACUCCCUGGGUGGGGGGACGGGGUCUGGGAUGGGUACCCUUCUGCUCAGUAAGAUCCGGGAGGAGUACCCAGACAGGAUCAUAAACACAUUCAGCAUCCUGCCCUCGCCCAAGGUGUCGGACACCGUGGUGGAGCCCUACAACGCCACCCUCUCAGUCCACCAGCUCAUAGAAAACGCGGAUGAGACCUUCUGCAUAGAUAACGAAGCGCUGUAUGACAUAUGUUCCAGGACCCUAAAGCUGCCCACACCCACCUAUGGUGACCUGAACCACCUGGUGUCUGCGACCAUGAGCGGGGUCACCACGUGCCUGCGCUUCCCAGGCCAGCUGAAUGCCGACCUGCGGAAGCUGGCCGUGAACAUGGUCCCGUUUCCCCGGCUGCACUUCUUCAUGCCCGGCUUCGCCCCACUGACCAGCCGGGGCAGCCAGCAGUACCGGGCCUUGACCGUGGCUGAGCUCACCCAGCAGAUGUUUGAUGCUAAAAACAUGAUGGCGGCCUGCGACCCCCGCCAUGGCCGCUACCUGACGGCGGCCGCCAUUUUCAGGGGUCGCAUGCCCAUGAGGGAGGUGGAUGAACAGAUGUUCAACAUUCAAGAUAAGAACAGCAGCUACUUUGCUGACUGGCUCCCCAACAACGUAAAAACAGCCGUCUGUGACAUCCCACCCCGGGGGCUGAAAAUGUCGGCCACCUUCAUUGGGAAUAACACAGCCAUCCAGGAACUCUUCAGGCGUGUCUCAGAGCAGUUUACAGCAAUGUUCAGGCGCAAGGCCUUCCUCCACUGGUACACGGGCGAGGGCAUGGAUGAGAUGGAAUUCACUGAGGCCGAGAGCAACAUGAAUGACCUGGUGUCUGAAUAUCAGCAAUAUCAGGAUGCCACGGCCGAGGAGGAGGAGUUUGAGGAGGAUGCUGAGGAGGAGGUGGCCUAGAACGCCCCUUUCCUAGGUAAAGAGGGGAAGCAGUGUGGAUUCUUUACUGUGUUCUGACAGCCAUGUGUCACUACACACUUGUUCGUUUCUGUCUUCACAUCUCCUCCUGCUGCAUUUUAAAGCAUUUUUAUAGUAUGCGGUUUUGACUAAUAAAGUGUUCUCAUAGCAUCUG